GAACGCGAGGCCCUGCCGGUGCGACCAGGAGGGGUUAUUGUACGUUCUCCUCUGGCGUGACAGCGCAUGCAUUUAGUAUCAAGGCUGCGUUCCUCUGUAGCCAUUUUGGCUCGAGGCAAGGUUGGUUGCGCAUCAACCCUGUACAGGACCACUUCCGUAGCGGUGCACUUCGGCCACAUGUCGGCUCCCCUCCAGAGACGGGACUACCCGACUGGCCAGCCCGACGUCCCGCAGUUGCCAGGUUCGUUGAAGAGCCCCAUCAAAGCGGCCUGCGACUUCGACGACGAGUCCUCGGACAACCCCAAGCGCGUGUCAGAGGCGGCGUGCUCGGCUCAGGGUCCGUCCAGAACCUGCGCGCCCGGGACCCCCAGGGCGUCGCAGACAGUCUGCACGACUCCACCCAGUACGCCGCGUGUGCGCUCCAGGGUGCCUACAACGCCGCCGCCUCUGCAAAUCAGGGAGCGUGCGGAGCCCUUGCUGUUGGCCCUGGAGCGAAACUGCCUGAAGCAAGUGCGCCUCGCCAUCGAGGCAGACCCAGAGGCAGCCAAGGAGCCGUUCUGGGAUUGCCGCUUCGAGUGGCCGCUGUGCGCCGCGGUCCGCCUCGGUUGCAGCGCGGAGGUGGUCAGGCUGCUGAUGGAGAACGGCGCGAAGGUCGACGUGACGAGCGUCGGCGGGCAGUCUCCGCUCCAGCUCCUCGGCUCGGGAACGGGGAACCACUCCUUCAGCGCCCGCCUCAUCGACUUGAGGGGAGUGCCGAACACUCCGCUGGGCACCGCUGAGUGGACCGCGGGUAUGCGCCAGUCCACCGCGCAGUUCGAGCUGGGCGUGGCCACGGCACUGCUGAACGCGGGCGCAGAUCCAGCGGCGGACCACAGAGCUUGAAGCUUGCACGGCGCUCCAGGAAAGACGAUUCGACAGAUCGGUACGAGGCCCAUGUCCACUUGCUGAUUGCCCAACCCAAGCCAGGCCAUCUCGGGAGCGUGGCGGGCGAGGCACGCUGCCCCCCGUCCGCCGAGAGCAUGGACUGUGCAGAAUCCACCUCCGUGUACAGGCACGUGCGCGGGCAAGUUCGUCCCACAUCUUCCGUACAGCCGUGACCUCCCGAACUCCCUCCCCCCCCCCCCGUUGCCCUGCCAGCCCGGCCACGCGCCAUCGCCCUGCGCCGCGCGCCCGCGCUUGCCGCGCGCGGUCACCUCCUGUCGGCGUCGAGCCUCUCGUCUGCCUUUCUCGUCUUUCCCUUCCUCGAUUUCCCCCGCCUGGACUCGUCCCAUCUCUCCCCCGCAAUCAGGGAGGAGCUGGCGCUAGGUCUCGAUGGCCUUCUGCGCCGUACAUGCCUUCGGAACCUGGCUGCCUGGGGCGUUGAAAGCGCCCCUGGUUGGACACGGUCUUUGAGUUUCUUGUCUCAGUCGGGCGACGAGUCGAGCGGCGGAUUCGUCCCCUCCUCUGGCAAGCACACCGAUUGCAAUCGUUGUUCUUCAAAGUAGCGACUGCCAGGCGGAGCGUACACCACUCCAGGAGGCUCUUAGUUCUGUGGAAUUUCCCAGAAACAGAAUUAUCGCAGCUAGUAGUUUUAGGAUGAGGGGAUGGCACUUAUUUGAGAUGGUGAUCGUGCUUCACCCGGUACAUGGUCCUACAUCUAGCCGUCUUCGCUCAGGAUACCUUGCCUUGUUAUCAGUCUAUUGGCCAAUGCACGUGUACCGUGUGAGCGUGCACUGCAAGUGCUGCUCUCGGUGCUUGCGCAAUUGCCAUUUCGAAAUUGCUGGACUUCUGUCAUGUGGCAGUUGUGAGCCGAAGGCAUCUCCAUUUGUUCGCUUCUUCUCCCUUCCCGAAGUUGCGUUCCCCCCUUCCCCCGUCUUUCCUCUAUCUUCCUGCAAGUGCUCUGCCACCCAGCGUGACGGCGCGUGCAUUAUGAUGCGUCAAGGCAGUUUGCUCUGCGUCGUCUUGCAUUCUUCGUUCUUUUGCACGUGCUCCGCCAGCUGGCGUGUGCAGCGCGUGCCUUCUAUGUCAAGGCAAUUUUUGUCCACAGACCAGCGAACUACGGCCUCGACAUUUCAUCAGCCCGGACCCUCCCCUCACCCCGCCCUCGAUCUCGAUGACUUCGGGUCUCGCGCUUCCGCGAGCGCCCCCGCCGCGCGGGGAUCGCGCAGCUGGUGCUUCGUUUGCCGCGCCGCGGCGAUCUCCGUUAAGCGGGCUCCUCGAGUUGCACAUUACAUGCAGAAGCCGCCCCGCGAGCCCAUUCUCCCAUUUUCCUCAACUUCACUACUCCUCCAAACUUUUUAGGGCAGAAUCGACAACCGAAAGGAUAGGGGAGCCGAGCUCGUACAGGCAAUACCCUGACGUGCGCCGGCCGAUCACCUUGCCAGCAAGAUUGCCCUCGCGUGGUCCGUCUACCCUAUCAGCGUUGCUAGCCAA